AUGGGCCAGCUGAACUGCUGCAGGGGCUCCAGGGUUGAACCUGAGCCCGUGCAGCAGAGCCCACCUGUCCCAGCACUGCCCAGGCCACCACUCCGUGAGCGCCUGACGCUGGCUCUUGGAAGGAGAAUGAGGCUGCCCUGGCCCUUUAGGCAAAGAGAGACCUCAGCCACCACUGUAGAUGUGCCCAGACCAUCGGGCUGUGGUGGCUCAGGUCUUCUCUUUGGCCAGCCCCUGGCUGCUCUGUGCAGCCAGGAUGGCAGGAUGCCCCAGCCCAUCCAGGACCUGCUGGCUCUGCUCCACCAGCGGGGGCCAUCCACAGAAGGGAUCUUCCGCCUGGCAGCUGGCAAGAGGGACUUAGGGGCCCUCCGGGAGGCCCUGGACAGCGGGCAGGAGGUGCCCCUGCAGAGCCAGCCCGUGCACCUGCUGGCUGCCACCCUGAAGGACUUUCUGCGGAAGAUCCCUUCCAAGCUGCUGGAGGCUGAGCUGUACCAGCAGUGGAUGGGAGCCCUGCACCAGAGCAGCAGGCAGGCGAGGCUGGCGGCGCUGAAGGAGGUCACCAGCAAAUUGCCCCAGGCCAACCUCAUUCUCCUCAAGAGCUUGCUGUCCCUGCUGCAUAACAUCAGCAGCAACACGGACAGCAGCAGGAUGACAGCCAGGAGCCUUGCCAUCUGUGUUGGGCCAAACUUGCUGAGCCCAGUGGAGGAGCCAUCCCUGGACAUGCUACCGGAGCCUCGCAGGCCCUGCUGA